UCUACCGUAGAUCUAUAGGAAGAAACAUGGCGGCCCGCACAAGGCUGUCCUUGCUUCUCCCUAAAAGUUUACACCCGCUCAGAACCCACAGACAUGUACACACCGAAGCAGCCGUAAAGGAGCCUUCUUAUCCACCCAUAGUCGCCUCACUGACGGCUAAAAGCAAAGCUGCGCGGCUGCGGCAAAUCGAGGAGCGAGUUAAAAAGAUCUGCGCCUCUCCCUUGGACGAGAAGCUGUCCCUCAUCACUCGCAUCCAGCGGAUGAAGUUUGUAGUCUACCCGCAGACAUUCGCUCGUAACCCGGACAGAUGGCACCAGCACUUCACUAAAACCGCAUAUAUCCCCGGCCUGCCGGAGAAGUUUUCCCCAGGAGCGGAGAGCCCUCCUGCAGCCCAGGAUCACACAGCUGCCACGGGAAUCGACGAUGCUGCGUUCAGUGAGAUCCGUGACCUCGUCACCCGUGUGAUUUUACACGAGCACUGGCACAAGGUGAAGAAACGCAAACCGUUUCUGUACAGCAGACAACACAAACCAGAGCCUCAUUUCAUUUCUGGUUUCUGUCACUAAUGUCUGCCGUCUUCCUCAGAUCUUAAUCCACAGGUGAGCUUUUAUUGGAGGAGGGGAACCAGGACAAUACCUAAGGGUCACCGGAAAGGUCGACUAGAGCCAAUCAGAUUCCAGAUCGAUGACCACCCCCACAGCCAGAUUAGGAUACCCCAGCAGUUACCGCAGUUUGCUCCACUGGAGGCCUCUUACACAGCAGAGGUCCCGGAAGUCCCCUACGCCCCCAAUCUAAUGCCUUUGUUCAGAAGACAGUAUGAAAACAACAUCUUUACAGGAGCGAAGCUGCCGGACCCAGUCUGCUAUGGUCACACUCAGUUCCAUCUGGUACCUGACCGGUACCACAGGGAGCGCCUGGCUCGGCAGCAGCAGUCGGACCAAGUGGAGGCCUUCCUCAGAGCCAAUGCCGUCGCCAGUCUUUUUGCCUGGACCGGAGCUCAAGCCACAUACCAAGGUUUCUGGAACUACGAGGAUGUCUCCAGACCCUUUGUGUCGCAGGCUGUCAUCACAGACGGUCACUACUUCUCCUUCUUCUGCUACCAGCUCAACACCGUGGCCCUGUCUUCUGAAGUAGACGGCAACAACCCCAGGAAAAACAUCCUGUGGGGCACUGAGAGCCUGCGGCUCUAUCAGGACGUGCAGGACGGAGAGGUGGUGGGUCUGGACGAUGGUGUCGUCAGGCUUCUGGUUCAGUUCCUCAUGAAUCAGCCUCACAGUUGAGUCCGAGACAAAGAUACAAGGAGCUGCAUUUUGUUCAGAUGUCAGAGUUGG